AGCGAGCAGCCGGGGGAACCCAGAGAAGGUAUUGCUGGAGAUGCCGUCGUUGUCGUCGUCGCGGAGUAGAGCGAGGAAACGGACAGGAACAGUUUGAUUCACGGUAGGCGAUAAGGCGCCCCCUGCCGAGGGUGGGUCAACCUGCUCUAUCUUAUCUUUCCACCCUUGCAGCCAGCAGCCUAUCAUGAGUGCGGGGUGGCUCCUUACAGUCUGGCUCGACUCAGCUUUUCCCUUCUGCAUAGGCCAUCACCAUGCGCAUCUCUCCCAGGGAGCAGGACAAGCUUCUCCUGCAUCAGGCAGGAUACUUGGCUCAGAAGAGACUCGCCAGGGGUCUCCGUCUCAACCAGACCGAGGCAGUGGCCCUGAUUGCUUCCCAGCUUCAAGAACGCGUCCGUGAUGGAAGGCACUCCGUCGCAGACCUGAUGCAGCAUGGAAAGACUUUGCUCGGACGCAGGCAUGUCCUUCCAGGGGUUCCUACUCUCCUUCACGAGAUACAGGUCGAGGGGACCUUCGUAGAUGGUGUAUUCCUAGUCACCGUCCAUGAUCCCAUCUGCAGCGAAGAUGGCGACCUUGCCGCUGCCCUGUACGGCUCCUUCCUUCCCAUCCCGUCUGCAGACGCGUUUCCGCCCAUCGAUGCGUCUGAGUUCGCGCGGGACAAGGCUCCGGGGGCCAUCAUAGUGAAAAAGGAGCCGAUAACCCUAAACAAGGGCCGCGAACGCAUCAAGCUCCAGGUUACAAACAACGGUGAUCGGCCAGUGCAGAUUGGUUCCCACUACCAUUUCAUCGAGACGAACUCGGCGCUCGUUUUCGACCGCGGCAAAGCAUAUGGAAAGCGACUUGAUAUCGCAGCUGGCACCGCCGUCCGUUUCGAGCCUGGCGAUCCCAAGACAGUGACACUGGUCGAUAUCGGUGGCGCGAAGGUCAUCUCAGGAGGAAACCGGCUCGCUACGGGUGUGGUAGACCUCUCCAGGACAGACGAAAUCGUCGCGGACCUGAUGCGCAAGGGGUUCGCGCAUGUGCCCGAGCCAGGGGCUAUGGAGGUGUCGAUGGAUACCACCAUCUCGCGCGAAGCGUACGUGGCCAUGUUCGGACCGACCGUCGGUGAUCGCGUGCGCCUGGGAGACACUGCACUUUGGAUUGAGGUGGAACGAGAUAUGACUGUCUACGGUGACGAGGUCAAGUUCGGUGGUGGAAAAACCAUCCGCGAGGGCAUGGGCCAGGCCACAGACCGUUCUUCCAAGGGGUGCCUGGACUUGGUCAUCACUAACGCUCUCAUCAUCGACUGGUCUGGCAUCUACAAGGCGGAUAUUGGUGUGCGCGGCGGGAACAUUGUUGGCAUCGGCAAGGCAGGCAACCCCGAUGUCAUGGACGGCGUCGACAAGAACCUCGUCGUCGGCUCGUCCACGGAGGCCAUCGCCGGCGAAAAGCUCAUCGUCACCGCAGGCGCGAUCGAUGCCCAUUGCCACUACAUCUGCCCGCAGCAGGUUACCGAGGCCCUCGCCGGCACGAACGCCACGACGUGCACGCCGAGCCCGUUCUACAUGCGCCACAUGCUCGCGGCGACGGAUGGCCUGCCGAUGAACUUCGGCUUUACGGGCAAGGGCAACGAUUCGGGUCCGACCGCGCUCGAGGAGAUCGUCAAGGCUGGCGCGUGCGGGCUGAAGCUGCACGAGGACUGGGGGACAACGCCGUCUGCGAUUAUCAGCUGUUUGGACAUUGGAGACAAGUACGACGUGCAGGUCAACAUCCAUACGGACACCUUAAACGAGAGUGGUUUCGUCGAGAGCACCAUCAAGGCAUUUGGUGGCCGCACCAUUCAUACCUAUCAUACGGAAGGUGCCGGAGGCGGACAUGCACCUGAUAUCAUCACUGUUUGCGAGUUUGACAACGUUUUACCAUCUUCGACCAAUCCCACACGCCCGUACGCAAAUAACACUCUGGACGAGCAUCUUGAUAUGCUCAUGGUUUGCCACCACCUGGACAGGAACAUCCCGGAGGACAUCGCCUUUGCCGAGUCGCGCAUCCGCGCGGAGACGGUCGCCGCAGAGGACGUGCUGCACGACACCGGCGCUAUCUCCAUGAUCUCCUCGGACUCCCAGGCAAUGGGCCGCGUCGGCGAGGUCGUGUCCCGCACGUGGCGCACGGCAAGCAAGAUGCGCGAGUUCGCAGGCCCUCUCGGCGCGCUCGGCGACGCCGAGGGCUGCGACAACGGGCGUGUGAAGCGCUACGUCUCGAAAUACACGAUCAACCCCGCCAUCACGCAUGGCAUAAGCCACCUCGUUGGCCAGGUCGCCGUCGGCCGGCUCGCCGACCUCGUCCUCUGGAGGCCCGAGAACUUUGGCACGAAGCCCGAGAUGGUCCUCAAGUCCGGCGUCAUCGCCUGGUGCCAGAUGGGCGACGCGAACGCGUCCAUCCCGACCGUCCAGCCGUUCAUCGGCCGGCCGAUGUGGGGCGCGCACGCCGCGAGCGCCGCGCUGAACUCGGUCUCGUUCGUGAGCGAGGUGAGCACCGCGAGCGGCGCCGUCGCGGCGUACGGGCUCGCGAAGCGCGUCGAACCCGUGCGCGGCUGUCGCAAGGUCACGAAGAAGGACAUGAAGUGGAACGACGCGACGCCGAAGAUGCGCGUCGACCCCGAGUCGUACGAGGUCUACGCGGAUGGCGUGCUCAUGGAUAUUAAGCCUGCAGAAAGGCUGCCGUUGACGAGAUUCUACAAUUUGUUCUAGUGGUUCGGACAAGAAACGAUUGUAGGAGAUGACUGGUUGAACUUUGAUUGUAUGGGUAGCCGGAGCAAGUGUACAAUAGGGCAUGGAGGCAACGCACUGUUGAC